AAGCAGGCCUUACUUUCUUUCACAUUGUCAAUAAUCUGUUGACUCCAAGUCUCCAAUCCUGCACAGAAGUGAACUGUUUGUAUUCCAGUGAAGGGUGCCAUUCAAGUUUCAAUCUCAACCUUCCAAAGCCUAUCAUUUCAUCCUACCCACUCCCCAGUGUUGCGGUUUUUCUAUCUUCUUCUUCUUCCUCCUCCUCCUCCUCUCCCGCCCUCUCUCUCUCUCUGAGACGCUCGGAAGGACGGAAGCCAUGGCUGCUGCAGUGAGACUCGUCUUCCACCCGACACAUGCCGGUUCUCCAUUGCAUUUCUCGUCCCCUCAGGCUGUUCCCCAGGCGCUGGUAUUCCCCAGUUGUGCUACCCACCGGUUCUUUCAACAGUGCAAGUUUCCGGGCUACCCGAAUCUGGCGGCACUGUGCAAGGCCACGCCGGGAAAUGACGGCACUGCGUCAGCCGACGACGGUGUGUCUCUCGGAACCAUGAAAUUGCCUCCGGAUAUUGAUGUUGCGAGAUUCGAAACCCUCCUUUUUCAGUGGGCUAAUAGUCUUUGCCAAGGAGCUAGUCUUCCUCUUCCUCUGCCUCUGAAGGUAGACAAAAUACCAGGCGGGGCUAGGUUGGGCUUUGUUACACUUGAUGAUGGGAAGACCGAAGUCCGCGUGCAUAUAGAUUGCUUGGUUUGCCCUGCAGCUGGUGGCUCUGGUCCAAUUUUUCGAGCCACAAGAAACGGUCCCUUGAAAGAUCGCCCCCCUCCCGGUGAACCAAGAAUCAUGAGAAGUCUUCUGUCGGCCCUCAAGAAGUCAGUUGAAGCUGCUAGAGUUUGAACAGAUGUGUUGUUUGAAAUGUAAUUAACUUCUGUAAUAGUAUACUUGUAUCGAACACGAUCAAAUGUAAUCAGCCAGCAAAGCUUGGCUUUAAGUUUUAACAAUUAACAAAAUGGGUCUCAUUGGAGUCAA